AUGACCAAGAAGUACAGCGAUGGUCUGAUCACGCUGGGCCGGACGAGCGUCCCCGAGGAUGUGGCUGGCUUGGUGUCGUUUCUGGCGAGCAGGGAUGCGGACUACAUCACGGGACAAGCCACCAUCCAGGGGCAGGGAGAGAUGAAGGCCAUCUAA